AUGGGUAACGCUCUUCAUUUCGUAUUCGGAGUUUUUGGAAAUGCCACCGCUUUGUUUCUCUUUUUGGCACCAAUGAUUACAUUCAAGAGGAUCAUAAUGAAUAGGUCAACGGAACAGUUCUCAGGCAUUCCCUAUCUCAUGACCUUACUCAACUGCUUGCUUUCUGCUUGGUAUGGCCUGCCCUUCGUGUCCCCAAACAACAUCCUAGUGUCCACCAUCAAUGGCACUGGUGCAGCUAUUGAGUCCGUCUAUGUGCUGAUCUUCCUCGUGUUUGCCCUAAAGAAGGAGAAGGGUAAGCUUCUCGGGCUCCUCUUGUUCGUGCUCACCGUGUUCUUGGUUGUCGCCUUUGUUUCCAUGUUCGCACUUCAUGACAAGGACAGGAAGCUCAUUUGUGGUCUUGCCUCCGCAAUCUGCUCCAUCAUAAUGUACGCUUCGCCUCUAUCUGUCAUGAGGUUGGUGAUUAAAACGAAGAGUGUGGAGUUCAUGCCAUUCUUCUUGUCGGUGUUCGUGUUCUUAUGCGGCACUUGUUGGUUCAUCUUUGGUCUGCUAGGAAAGGACCCCUUUCUUGCAGUGCCUAAUGCUUUCGGAUGCGCGCUAGGGGCGAUGCAGCUGAUACUAUAUGCCAUUUAUAGAGACAAAAAGGGUGAACCCAAGAAAGCCACCACCCCUACUGGCGGGGCCAUGGAGAUGGGGCUCAGCAAGCCCCACCAGGAGAAGCAAUCCGACAUGCAACACACACACAAGUAA